UUGGCUGAUUGAUUGGGACAUCAGCCCUCGUGAAGCUACAGACCUUGGUCGGCCACCGAGAUUAUAUUCACCUUUCCCGUCUGCUAAUUGAUUACUACCUCCCUUUUCCCAUUCUACCCUGGGUGACCACUCUGCUCACUCUCACUCUUUCUUUCUUCUCUACGGCGCAGCCGGCCGUGCACAGCACGACGCCGACGACCGCUUCCCCCGACGUUGCCGCAGCCGCCAUACAAGUAGAAGAAGUACUAGUUCAAGCGUGAGCAAACCUUGCAACCAAUGGCGGGGGUUCUGGAUGCUUUGGCAUCCUACGUGACCAACAUGCUCACCGAGAUGGCCAAAGAGGAGGUGGCCAUGCUAAUCGGCGUGUCUGACGGGAUCAGAGAUCUGAGCAUCAAGCUUGGGGACCUCAAGAAUUUCCUUGCAGAUGCUGAUAGGCGGAACAUCACCGAUGAGAGUGUGCGGGGGUGGGUGGGGGAACUGAAGCGUGCCAUGUACCUGGCCACCGACAUCGUCGACCUAUGUCAGCUCAAGGCCAUGGAGCAGCGUCCAUCCAAGGACAUGGGGUGCCUUAACCCACUCCUCUUCUGCAUGCGAAAUCCUCUCCACUCCCACGACAUCGGCACCCGCAUCAAGGCAUUGAACAAGGAGCUGGAUAGCAUCUGCGAGCGGGGCAAUAAAUUUAAAUUUGCCAAGCUAGAAGCGUACCAAGACAUGAAGAUGACUCGAUCUCUUGCCACUGACCGGAAAACAGAUUCAUUGUUGGAGCGGUCAGGUAUUGUUGGCGAGAAGAUUGAGGAGGACACAAGAGCACUCGUGGAGGUGCGCACAAGUGAGGAGGGCAGCGACAAGACUGGUCGCCACAUGGUGGUUGCCAUUGUUGGUGUCGGUGGGAUUGGCAAGACCACCCUCGGCAAGAAGGUCUUCAAUGACGAGGCUAUCAAAGGCAAGUUCACUAAGAAGAUAUGGCUUAGUAUCACACAGGAUUUCACCGAUGUUGAGCUAUUAAGUACAGCCAUUACUGCCGCUGGGGGAGACCAACCUGGAGGGGGUGGGACUCGAGAUAGGGCCCUACUUGUUGAUUCUCUCAAAAACGCCAUCGAGGACAAGAAGUUCUUUCUUGUGCUCGAUGAUAUGUGGGGAGCUGAUGCAUGGAACAAACUGCUCACGACUCCCUUUGGCUAUGGUGGCCCGGGCAGCCGAGUCCUCAUCACCACAAGAAGUGAAACUGUGGCGAGAAACAUGAAAGCUGCACACUGCCACCACGUUGACAAGUUAGGGCGCGAAGAUGCAUGGUCAUUGCUCAAGAAUCAGGUACUCACUACAGAGGAGAAUGGACACGAGGUUGAUGUGCUAAAGGAAAUUGGGUUGCAAAUUGUAGAAAAUUGUGACGGUUUACCACUCGCUAUAAAAGUUAUGGGUGGACUCCUAUGCAAGAAAGAGAAAACACGACGUGAUUGGCAAGACGUCUUGAAUGAUGAUAUGUGGUCAGUAUCUCAAAUGUCAAAGGAACUAAAUUAUGCCAUAUAUCUUAGCUAUCAGGACUUGUCCCCUUACUUAAAACAGUGCUUCUUGCAUUUCUCCCUCAAACCAAAAAAGACAGUGAUAAAUGAUACUGAAAUUGUGUCCAUGUGGGUUGGUGAAGGAUUGGUUGAAGGAGACACAUAUACUCGUAGUUUCGAAGAAGGGAAAAAGUACUAUAAGGAGCUAAUAGUAAGGAACCUUAUAGAGGUAGAUACAGAGUACCCUAGUCAACUUAUUUGCAACAUGCAUGAUGUUAUUCGCUCAUUUGCUCAAUUUGUGGCUAGGGAUGAAACACUAGUAGGUCACAAUGGAGAUACUAUCAAAACAAAUCUUAGAUCACCGAAUUAUCUUAGAUUAUCCAUAGAAACGAAAGGAGUGGGAUCCGAUGAAUUUGAGUGGAGAUAUUUAAGAGAGCAAAAAUUGCUUAGGUCACUAAUAUUAACUGGAAAACUCAAAAGUCAGCCUGGGGAUUCGUUGACUAUCUUCCCAAGUCUACGCCUUUUGCAUAUAGAUUCUGCAAAUAUUGCUGCACUAGUUGAAUCUAUGUACCAACUCAAGCAUUUGAGAUAUUUGGCAUUAAAAAGGACUGAUAUGUGUAGACUACCAGAGAACAUCCAUGAGAUGAAAUUCCUACAGCAUAUUAGCCUUGAAGGUUGUGAAAGUUUCAUGAAACUUCCUGAUAGCAUUAUCAAGCUGCAAGGGUUGAGAUAUCUUGAUAUGGAUGACACACGUGUAAGUACUAUUCCUAGGGGUUUCCGAGCUCUUACAAAUUUGAGUGCACUAUAUGGGUUUCCAGCCUAUACUGAUGGUGACUGGUGUAGUUUGGAAGAGUUGGGGUCUCUUACCCAGCUCAAUAAACUUUCACUAGAGAGCCUAGAAAAUGUAUCUAGUGCCUUGUUGGCUGCAAAGGCAAGGGUAAAUGCAAAGAAACAACUUAUCUAUCUUGGUUUGAGAUGUUGUGGUGGAGUGGGAGAUGGGUUGGUCCAAGGAGAAGUCUCUGAGUCUAAGGAGGAGGAGCAAAUAAUAGAGGCGGUGUUUGAUGUGCUAUGUCCUCAGCCUUGCAUAGAACACAUCUUCAUAAAAAGAUAUUUUGGUCGUCGGCUCCCAGGAUGGAUGGCAUCCACAGCUAUGGUACCCCUCGAGAGCUUGAAGAUUCUAGUCCUAGAACAUCUGCCCUGCUGCACCCAACUCCCAGAUGGCUUGUGUCGGCUCCCGUAUUUGGAGUGGAUAAAAGUGAUGAAUGCUCCAGCAAUCAAGUGUGUCGGUCCAGAAUUCGUCCAACAGUACAAUCAGCUGCACCGUCCUUCAUCUCAGUUGGCUGCUACGUUUCCCAAACUCCAGAAGAUGAAUUUGUAUGCAAUGGAGCAAUGGGAUGAAUGGAUUUGGGAGACAGAAGUGAAAGCUAUGCCCUUACUGGAAGUACUUCGCAUCAGUGAUUGCAAAUUGGGUUGUAUGCCUCGAGGACUUAUGUCUCAUGCAAACGCUUUGAAGAAGCUAGACAUGUGGAGCGUCCGAGGUCUCUACUGUCUAGAGAACUUUGUUUCUGUAGUUGAGCUCGACUUGUAUGACAUACCCGAAUUGGGCAAGAUCUCCAAUCUUCCAGAAUUACAGAAGCUUGAAAUCGCUUUAUGCCCGAAGCUCAAGACUCUGCAGCAGAUGGCUACACUCCGAAGACUCCAGCUGAGUGUUUCUCCCUGGGAAAGCCAACUUCCAGACUACCUGCAAACUAUAAAGCCUAGUCAUUUGCUGCUGACCUGCAACCUAGCAGUACUCACUUCCAUGGCUGAGGGUGAAUCUAGCUCCGAGUGGGGCAAGUUCAAUCAUAUUAAGCAAGUCGAGGCUUAUGCAGAGGAUGGACAGGAUGAGAAGAAAUGGCACGUGCUCUACACAUCUGAAUCCUGCAACAUACAGACAAAUAUUCAUCAGGGUCGAUUGGUGGAAGAAGAGGACUAGGCUGCAACUCCAGCAGAACGAGGAAGGGUAUAUCAUUUUAGGCGAAAGGACCAUAUGAUGCAAGGAUAUAUGGAUACUGGGAAAGCAACAGACACACUUACCUGCAAAGAUUCAGAGUCCACACAUAUGAAUUCAGAGCAACAGACAAACUCUACUAUUUUGAGUAUUCUUACUAAUUUCCUGAGAAGUGUGACAUAUACACUUAUGAAUUUGAAGAUGUACACUUCAUGGCGGGCUAUCUAGCUGGUGCAGUAAUAUGGUGACCUUGGCAAGGCUGUCCUUUGUGCAGUGCAUGUAAAUGACUGUCAGCUUUUAAUUUGGAGUUUAGGCUACUCUGCUCUGCUCUUUGAAAGCAGCUCAGGUUGCAGGUUCUCUGAAGCAGCUGCAUUUUCCCUUUUUCUUUUUCGUGGGUGUCUUGCGUUGGUUCUCUGAAAAACUAUGGUUUUUUGGAUACAUCAAUCAAUACAAUACUGGUAUUUCAGCUUUUAA